AUAUAUGGAAGUAAUUUUUUCGUCAAACCAACAUUUUAUUUUCUGAUCAAACUUUCCAAAUAUGAAUACAAUGUAAUAUACUUAUAUAAUAUAAUUAUAUAUUCAAUCAAAUCUUAUAAACCCCAUCUUUUUCUUUAUAAAAUCCUUGAUUUCCAUAUCUUUCACUUUCUCUUUUUACCACUUUCUUCUUCUUCUUCAUUCAAAAAGAAUUUCCCAAAAACCUAUCCAUCUCUUUCCUUUCCUAUUCUUUCUUCCACCAUGGCCACCAAAAAAACCCAAGGCCGCCAGAAGAUCGAAAUCAAGAAGCUUGAAAACAAGAGCAACAAACAAGUCACCUUCUCGAAGCGCCGUGUGGGUCUUUUCAACAAAGCUGGCGAGCUCAGCGUCCUCUGCGGCGCCGAGGUCGCCGCCAUCGUCUUCUCUCCCAACAGCAAGGUCUUCUGCUUCGGCCACCCGAGCCCCGAGGCCGUAAUUCACCGCUACAUUUACAGCACCACUAGUAGUAACACUAACACUUCUAAUUCCUCAGAGGCGGCGGCAGCGGCCAUGGCUUCGGCCGCCGCUGCCGCUGCCGGAAGAGCGUUGGUGCCGGUGGGAGAGUUCAACAGGGAGUAUAGAGAAGCCAUGAAAGAGCUGGAGGUAGAGAAGAAGAGAGCGGAAGAGGUGAAACUUGCGGCUGAAGAAAAGAAGGUGGCGUGGAGUGAGAGGCUUUGGUGGGAGGAAGAGAUGGUUGAUGGGAUGAGGUUGGAGGAGUUGGAGCAGUUCAUGGCUGCUUUGAAGGAGAUGAGAAGGGAGGUUGUGAAUAGGACUGAAGAGUUGAUGAAGAGUUGUAGUGCUGCUUCAAACGAUGCUGUUUUGGCUUAGCCUCUGGCGGUUUCGGGUUUUCAUGGAGCUGGUAGUGUUACUAAUCAUGGUGGGUUUGAUGGAGAUCAUGGUCUUAUUGUUGGUGGUGGUGGUGGUGGU